AUGAGUAGAGAUGUGAUAUUUGUAGAAGAAGAAGCUUGGAACUGGAAUCAAGAUGAAGUUGUCAAAGAUGCAGAAUUCAUUCUUGAAGAUGAAACAUCAAAAGCUCUGGUUGAAAUCACAAGAGAAGAUGAGCCACAAACUCCUCCACAUAGAAUACCGGCACUUAGAUCGCCAGUCUCUCACAGAAGUGCUGCAUCAUCAUCAUCAUCAGCAUUAGCAUCAUCAGAUGAUAGUUUUUUCAAACAACCAAGACCAAUGAGAAAUUUGCAGGAGAUAUAUGAAGCUACAGAAGAAGCAGAUUUGAAUUUGUUCUGCCAACUUGUAGAUAGUCCAUACCACCAUGGCAAAGAUGAUCUCCAGCUUGUAGAGAACGUCAAGCCUAUGCCAGCAACACUGUUUCUACAAGACAGCGGUAAGACCAUGGAUGAGGUCUACAGCAUAAUUCUUGAAAAGGUUGUUGAUGAUGCUAGAAGCUGCUAUGUUAAACGUUCAACCAAUAAAUACAAUCGUGAGCAAUUUGCAACAAUGAUACUCUUGGAUGGUUGUUUCAUUCUAGCUAUAAUUGAGGACUUCUUCCCCUAUGUUGACAAUCAAAAAUCAAAAUAUGAUGAUGUUAGAGAUCAUCUAGGCCUUUUAUUUUGGUUUUCAACAUUUGACCAUAUAUUUUACUUGCUUGAGAAUCAACUCCCAUUUCAAGUUCUUGAGUUGCUAAUGAGCUUAAAAUUCAAAGAAGAUGAGGGGAUGGAAUCCAUCAACAAGUUAUUGAAUUUUUUUGAUUUCUAUGGACUCUAG